AUGGCCAUCAUCUCAGAUUCUCAGCCUGAGGGCAGCCCCCUUACACCUGGGACUUCAGUCAGCAGUGAGAAUCUGCCGUCCAAGCUCGAGGAGCUUGGCGUACAACCCGACGCGGUGAACGAAACUGUGACAAACGGGGCAAACACCCCGGGCAGCCACAGCGCCGAGGAUCGGAAGCCGUCACGCCUCGAAACCGUGGCAUCCUAUCCGGUGUCAGAUCUCACGCUUGAGGACCGUUGCAUUGACGACUUCCGUCCCCUUCGUGUAGCUGUGAUCGGUGCUGGGCUGUCAGGCAUCCUCUCUGGAAUUUUACUCCCUUUGAAGGUGCCCAACAUACAACUAACGAUCUUUGAGAAAAGCAAAGAAGUGGGCGGAACCUGGCUUGACAACAUAUACCCAGGUGUCCGAUGCGACAUUCCAUCCCAUGUCUAUCAGACUACCUUCUCCCCCAAUCUGCAAUGGUCUGAGCAGUUCGCCGAGGGAGCUGAGAUUCUGGACUACUGGAAGAACAUGGCCAAAAAGUAUGACAUCGCCCGGUUCCUGCGCAUGGGCACAUAUAUCGAGACUGCCCAAUGGGAUGACGCGCAGUCGACCUGGGCUCUCACUUUGCAGGACGUGGACUCGAAGCACACGUCGGUUGAGAACUUUGACUUUGUCAUCACCGCAAUUGGUCGCUUCAAUGAAUGGAAGCUGCCUGACUACCCCGGGAUCAAGGAUUACAAGGGUCAUCUUCGCCACAGUUCCAACUGGGACCCGACAUAUGAUCCCACCGGGAAGACGGUUGCCGUCAUUGGCAAUGGCGCCAGUGGUAUCCAGCUGGUCCCUGAGCUUCAGAAAGUCGCCAAGCAUAUCGACCACUAUGCACGCAACAAGACAUGGAUCGCCGCGGGAUGGGGCGGCCGAGAACGCCAGUUCGGACCAGAAUACAUCCCCGAAGAACAAAUCAAGUCCUUUGACAAUCCAGACACCUACCUCCAGUUCCGCAAGGACGCAGAGGAUCGGUACUGGAGAGGGGCCAACGCCAUGAAGGCUGGUACCAAGGAGAAUGCCGAUUAUCGACAAAGGUUCAUCGACAUCAUGCACCGACGGUUGGAGAAGAAAGCUGGCUUGGCCGAGAAGAUGAUACCUGACUUCUCGCCUCACUGCAGAAGAUUGACGCCUGGUCCGGGAUACCUGGAAGCGCUCACUGAGGAAAACCUGGAGUACAUUCAAACCCCCAUCUCCAGGUUUACUGCUACCGGUAUCGAAACGGUGGACGGUGUUCAUCGUGAGGUGGAUGCUAUUUUCUGUGCGACCGGCCACAACAUCGACUUUGCUCCUCCCUUCUCUAUCCGUGCCCGUGGCGUGGAUCUCAAAACAGCAUGGAAGCCAGAGGGCGAGAUUGGAUAUCCAAAGACAUACCUCGGAAUGGCGAGUGCUGGAUUUCCUAACCUGCUCUUCAUCGGAACUGUCCACACCAACGGCAUCGCCGGUACCUUUAUCCACAGCAUUGAGAACCAAAUCACCUACUAUGCCAAGGUCCUUCGCAAGGUAUCCAGCGAAGGCAUCAAGACCAUCACGCCGUCUGCCAAGGCUGUAGAUGACUUCAUAUCCUACGCCGAUGCAUACUUUCCUACAACCGUCAUGACAGGUAACUGCAGCUCCUGGGCGAACGGUGGACGUCCCGGUGCGCGGAUACACGGCGCCUGGCCCGGCAGUGCCUCGCAUCUGAGCUUUAUCCGUCGGAACCCCCGCUGGGAGGACUUUGAAUACGAAUAUGUCUCAGGCAGCGGGAACAGGUUUGCUUUCUUCGGAAACGGUCGGACGCUCAGGGAGGCGGAUCCCAACUUUGACAUUACGUCGUAUUUGAAGAGGAAGCCGACUGAAAUCGAUCUCCGUGAUAUACACGAGAGUUGGCAUAACUGGCCGUAG